AUAUUCAUUUUUAUAAAAGAAUGAGUUUGGAAUCUGUUAAAUAUGAAAGGGGAAAGCUGGAAGUUUUGGACCAACUACUAUUACCCCUGCAGACGAGAUAUAUAAAAGUACAAGGUGUGGAAGAUGGAUGGAGGGUUAUUAAUAAAAUGCAGGUACGUGGUGCACCUGCUAUAGCAAUAGUUGGUUGUCUAUCACUAGCUGUUGAAUUAUUAAAAGACAACAGUUUGGAUAAAAAGAUAAUGCGACAAGAGAUUGAAGGUAAACUAAACUACCUGGUGUCUGCGCGACCAACAGCUGUUAAUAUUAAACUGGCAGCCGAUGAGCUUAUAAAUUUAGCCAAUACUCUGAGUGCCAAUGAAGAUGUUUCGCCUGAGGAAUUUAAAGAGAAAUUCAUCAGCAGUAUAGAAGGUAUGCUUAGUAAAGACAUAGAGGACAACAAGGCCAUAGGCAAAUACGGCUCCGAGGCUAUUUUAAAGAAUAUUGAAGGCGAGGGUUCUGUGCGAGUGCUCACGCAUUGCAACACGGGCUCGCUCGCCACGGCGGGGUACGGCACGGCGCUGGGCGUCAUACGGUCACUUCACGGGUCCAAAAGAUUAGAGCGCGUGUACUGCACUGAAACACGUCCGUACAACCAAGGCGCCCGGCUCACGGCGUACGAGUUGGUUCACGAGAAGAUCCCGUCCACGCUCAUCGUGGACAGCAUGGUGGCCGCGCUGAUGCGCUCCAGGAAAAUCAAUGCGGUCGUUGUUGGGGCUGACAGGGUCGCUGCAAACGGGGACACCGUGAACAAAAUCGGCACGUACCAAAUAGCGAUCCUGGCGAAACACCACGACGUUCCGUUCUACGUGGCGGCGCCGUUCACCUCCGUGGACCUGUCUCUGGCGUCCGGCGAGCGGAUCAAGAUCGAGGAGCGACCGGACAGGGAAAUGACGCACAUUGGAGAGCAUCGGAUCGCUGCGCCAGGUAUCAACUGUUGGAACCCCUCCUUCGACCUCACACCAGCUAACCUUGUUACGGGGAUUAUUACAGAAAAGGGAGUGUUUCCACCUGACAGAAUAAACGAGUAUAAAUAAAUCGCAAUCAAAUCCUUCAUUCAGUGCCUUCAAUUUUACCAAUUGUUUAUUAAGGAUA